CUGCAACAGUCCAAUGCCGCAAUGCUGCAAGAACCUUGACGCCUUCGAACAGCCUCACAAUGUGGCUCUCAAAUUGGUUGGAUUAUUGGUCGAAAACCCAUGCCAGUGGAGGGACACCUCGAGUUGCUUCACGGAGCCACGUGGAGGUCUUCUCAGCCAAUGCUGAUUCACUUUCGCUGAUCGCAGCUGAAGAAAUGCAAUCAGAGGGGCAUGCAAUCAAGAUGCUGAAUGUAGUGUUGCGGCCAAUGGAAGAGUCAAACACAGAGGCGGCAGACAUGCGGAAGGUCCCUCUUGAGGAACCAGUGUUGGCCAGUAUUGAGGGCGAAAGCAGUUGGCGUACGCAUCCCAACGAUGGCAUACCUGAGGGGAAUAGUUGCGGGGCCGAACGCCAGAAUCUGGUGGAUAAACUUUUGAAGUUUCACGAACAAUGGCGGGUUGAUGGAGCCUCCAACAGCCCGUUCGCAGUUCUUCAGCGGUGCAGGCUGUCGCAGGGCUGUGUGCAGCCAGACUGUGACUUGGACUGCGCGCAACUAGGACAGCUUCUUGUGGGCAACCCGGACGAGCGGAGUGAACAGCUCAACACCACUUUUGCCUGGGAAGCACAAACAGCCCAAGAAAACGGGGGCCCUGGAGCGGAAGACGGUCCGUCCGAACCUGCGGUGGAGGAAACUCACAAGGCUGACGGGCUUGAUGAAGCGGCUGGUGUAGAGGAACGGCUCCUUUCUGAAAGUAUGCGGCGAAUGUUACUGCUGAGAGCAGAGAGAGAGUGGGGCUUAAAGAUCGAAACGGAUAUAGAGGCGGUGGCGACUGGAGAGGAGAAGCAAGGCUGGAGGAACGGGCAAGCGGAAGAGGCACGGGGGGAACUAGAGGCGGGUCCGACAGAAUGCAAAGCGGACGCAGACGGGACGGAAGGGCAAGACGGUCCAAGCGGAGUGGCGCUGACGUCACCUUUUGGGCUGCCCAAGCCAAUACCCAGGCAAGGGGGGGAAGGCGAAAUUUUUGUCGAGGCGACAGCGGAAGUGGAAAAUGGGGAUUUUGGGGCUGGAAAUAAGGUCGGAGUGGACACGCUUGGACUGCGCAGCCGGGAGAUGGAUUCUCCUGGUUCAAUGUCCAGGCCAAACGUCGAAAGUGGUCCAGUGCUCGGGGCAGAGGCGGUGCAUCCACUUGAGCCUCUCAAGACGGAAAGUGGCAAAAAAGUUAGGGCGGAGACGAGGAAGGAUGUGCGGCCGCUGUCAGGGCACGCUCCGGGGCCCAGUAGUAACAGGGAAAAGCCAGGUCACAUUUUUCCAGGGGGGUCGGUUGCUACUGGGGCCGAAAGCAGGGGGGAGCUGAAGGGUGGGGAAAAGCGUGAGGGCAGCCGAGAUGGUGGGACUGAUAGUGAGCGAAAGAGGCGGAGGGAAGAGAACUUGCGGCGUCAGAAGGAGGCAAAGUCGGCAAGAGACCCGGAGGAGCGCAGGAAGCGGAGCCGUCACAGGGAAACCGACCGCAAGCGCAGCCGGGACCGAGACGAGGGCCGGGAGAGGAACCGUGAGAGGGACCGAAAGAGGGACCAAGAGAGGGACCGCAAGGGGGACCAGGGUAGGGACCAAGACAAGGACCGAGAGGGGGUCCAGGAUUGGGACCGCGAGAGGGACCGAGAGAGAGACCGGGGUAGGGACCGGGACAAGGACCAAGAGGGGGAACGGGGUAGGGACCGGGACAAGGACCGAGAUAGGUACCGGAAGCGAGACCCGGAUGCACGUAAGGACGGGGGUCGAGACCACGGGGAGGAACGUCGAAAGAGGAAGCACGAGAAAACUGACGAGGAGCGGCGAGACGAGCCACAAAACGAGGAGCGCAAGAAGAUCAAGGACUGCGCAGAGAGGCCGUCGUCGCAGGCCGAGCGGGGGCGAAAACUCGAGGACAGAGUCUGUUUCGAGAUGUUCUUGAGGCUGCGGUGCUCAAAGCUGAGGUGCCCGUAUAGACACCCGGCGAGGCCGCCGCAGAUCGCUGCGAAAUACCUUUGUCUUGAUUAUGUUGCCGGAAAGUGCGAAGGGCGAGCCGAAGACUGUCUGCGGUACCAUUGGACGCGAUCAGAGGAGGUGGAGUACUUGAGGACCGGGAAUUCACCCGGUAAUGCGAUCCGGUAUGUGCGGCUGUCUGCGCGCUCCCGAUCAGAGAGCGCGUCCCUCUCUCCAAACUGCGCCCCCCCAGAACGCGAAACUGUCUUUCAGUCACCCCCGCCUUCCCCUACGCCUGAGAUCCCGGCGGCUGUCGAGGACCUGGAUGCGCCAGACUAUGGAGUGGCCGGUGAACUAGUCGGCUUGGGCGUUGCCGACGUGUCAUCUGACGGACUGGAGGUAGCGUCAACUCCUUGGCGGUCUGCCCAGUCACCACAAGAGAGUUUGUCAAGAGCGACGAAGCCUGGCAGCGCAACGGAGGGGCCGGAGGGCUUACGUGUACCUCUCAAGCGAUUGUCGUCGUCUGGCAGUCGGUUGGUGGCCCUGGCCGACCAAAGCAUUGACACCGCGGCUGGCGGGGCCAGGUUGGAGUUAAGCGAGAAGGCCCCUAGUGUCAACGAGGGGGGCGAGCGGCCCGCGGGGCGGGCCUGGCUGAAGGGGCUGCUGGCAAAGAGUGCGUUAGAGGUAGCUGUGGGGCGAUUGCUCGAAAAGGACGCUGUAGUUGGAGGGCAUGGGGCGGUGCAGAGUGGCGGCAAUGGAGCGCAGGGCUUUGCGAAGAUCGCUGGCGAGCAAGAGGAUGGGGGGAAGGCGCAACCUGCUGGGGCGGUCUGGGGAGUGUCGAGCACUCAAGAUGAUUUGCUGAGGGAGCAGGUUGACACUGCGAAUUCGAAGGGUGAUGCGACUGGCGUGACGAGGGCUGUCAGCAGGACGCACGAGAGGAAGAUCGGGCUGACCAGACAAAGCGAGGAUUACGAAGGGAUUGAAUUCAGCGGAAAGAAACGGGACGAAGAUAGCGGCGGAAGUGAACGGAAGGCGGAGCCCGCGCCGCAAGGUGGUGCAGUUUCGCCGGAAUCUAGUCAGCAGUUCGCAGAGACAGGCGGGGCCCCGCCACAGCCAGGGGGGAUGACGCACGAGCAGGUAGAGGAGGCGGCCGCGUGGCGGUACCAAGCAGCGGACGGCACUGAGGCGGGGCCGUUUAUGCUGCAGCACCUGCGCAUCUGGCUCGAGCGGGGCCACCUGUACCCCCACCUCGAGAUGCAUCAUGCAGACGGCUGGCUGCCCCCAUGCCCCCUGCACUCCCUGAUCCUCGCCGCCGACUCAGGCCAGUUGCUCACACUGCUCAAUCAGCGCGGCUCUUCCCUCCCCACAAUCCCGCCUGCUCAUCCCCCCGGUUUCGAUGCGGCGCCCCAAGACGCCGUAGUACAGAAAGACGAAGCUGCAGCGCGGGACCCGGCUUCUCCGCCCAGUGUGGCAGGACCGGGCUUGAGCAAUUUCGUCGCUCCGCCGAUGUCUAAGCCCGUUGAUCUUCACCCGCCCCAAGCUGGUGUGAACAGGGGAAUCGUUAGCCGGGCAAGUGCCACGUCAGCAGCGGAAACGUCGGGCGAUCCAGCAGGAGAGUCUUUGCAAGAACGGGCUGACACGAUUGGAGGGGUCAAGCCUCUCUGGAGGGUAAGGCGGGCCGCGAGCUUAGGACGCGAGACGGGAUCGGAAACGCGGUCGCGAGUGGAGGGAAAGCGGAGUCGAGAGGUGGCGAUUUGGAAAGGGGAAGUGCGGGAGAUACUGACAGAGCCGAAAAGGCAACAGGUGAUGGGCUUGGGGUGCUCGAUGUAUGGAGAGACCUGCAAGAACCAACGAAACGGAACGGGGGAGGAGGCGGAUACUGAGUUGCCGGGCAUGAAGCCGAAAGGGAUUAAGCUUCUAUCAGAGCUCGGCGACUUUACGAAGGAUAAGGGGCCCGCACAAGGUGCGGAGGGAGCACUGGGAGCAAGCGCAGAGCGAGCAGCGCUAGGUUCUGUGAGCCUGGUGCUGCGGGAAGUUGAAAACAUGCCAGAAGAAACGGAUCUGGGCCGAGGCUUGGUAAGUAGGUCGGCGCCUAUAACAGAGGUGUUCCGUAAGAGACGAGCGGGGAGCUUCGUUCCGGAGGGUUCUCUUUCCGGCGCCGUCGCGGCAGCCUUUGCGGCAGUCUUUGCGGCAACGGUCCCGAGGAAGGCGGGUGCGACACCGGAAGCCAAGGGGGGCCAAACGGAAGCAGAGGCGAGCAUCCCAAAAGUCGGCUUGCCAGCUAGUCCAUCUCAGCGGAAGGAAUCCGCAGACGGCGGUUCUGCCAAGCGGUCGACGGUGGCAGGCUGCUUAGCGGCAGGAAAAGCGGGCGACGGAUAUGAGGCAGGCGAAGACAAGAUCUCCGAGACCGGUUGA